AUGGAGACUCUCCAAUCAAACCCUAACCCUCCUCCAAUCGAAGCCCUAGAUCCUCAACCCCCUACUUUCUCUAAUCUGUCUUCUGAAACCGUACCCUCCUACGAUCUCAAACCUCCUCCUCCUCCGGAAACCCUAGUCUCAGAUUAUAAGGACCCAUCUCCACCACCUCCCUCUGAAACCCUAGCUUCCAAUGCUCAAAACCCCGCCCAAAUUCCCCAGACUGGUACUGAGAAUGGUAAUUCAAACGACGGCAGCAAGACGCUUGCUCUCAGGCCCGAUAUCCAAAAGCCGCUGCUGUCGGAGAAUGGAUUGACCAACACCCAUAGUGGCACCGACAGAGAUGGCUCCGGCGGGGAGGAGGAGACGACGAGCAGGCGUCGCCGCCGCAGCCGGUGGGACCCUCAGCCCGAGUCAGACAACCAGAGUGGUGGCGGCGAGUCGGGUAGCGGCCCGAGGAAGAGGAAGUCGCGGUGGGCGGAUGAGGAGCCGAAGCCCGUGAUUCAGCUACCAGAUUUCAUGGGAGGUAUUGAGUUUGAUCCAGAAAUUCAAGCUUUGAAUAGUAGGCUUCUUGAGAUUAGUCGAAUGCUGUCUUCGGGUUUGCCUUUGGAUGAUCGUCCCGAAGGUGCCCGGUCUCCUUCACCGGAACCUAUAUAUGAUAAUAUGGGAAUUAGGAUUAAUACUAGAGAGUUCCGUGCCCGUGAGAGGUUGAACAAAGAGAGACAGGAAAUUAUUGCUCAGAUUAUUAAGAGGAACCCUGCGUUUAAGCCUCCAGCUGAUUACAGGCCGCCUAAGCUUCAGAAGAAGCUUUACAUACCAAUGAAAGAAUAUCCGGGUUAUAAUUUUAUUGGUCUUAUCAUUGGCCCGAGGGGUAAUACCCAGAAGAGGAUGGAGAAAGAAACUGGUGCAAAAAUUGUCAUUAGGGGUAAAGGGUCGGUGAAAGAGGGUCGGCUGCAACAGAAGAGAGAUUUAAAACCUGACCCUUCUGAGAAUGAGGACUUGCAUGUUUUGGUUGAGGCGGAUACGCAAGACGCACUUGAUGCUGCGGCUGGGAUGGUGGAGAAGCUCUUGCAGCCUGUGGAUGAGGUGUUGAAUGAGCAUAAGAGGCAACAACUUAGGGAACUUGCGGCCUUGAAUGGGACAAUAAGGGAUGAGGAGUAUUGUAGGUUGUGUGGUGAACCGGGGCACCGUCAAUAUGCAUGUCCAUCACGGACUUCGACCUUCAAGAGUGAUGUUCUUUGUAAGAUAUGUGGUGAUGGUGGGCAUCCAACCAUUGAUUGUCCAGUGAAGGGUACAACUGGGAAGAAAAUGGACGAUGAGUAUCAGAACUUUUUGGCUGAGUUAGGUGGGACAGUUCCUGAAUCUGCAACUAAGCAGACCAGUACAUUGGCUCUUGGCCCAGGCAAUAGUUCAGUAAGCAAUCCUCCUUGGGUUAACAGUGCUGGGAGUGCUAGCAGUGCAUCAUCACAUCCAGGCUUGGGAUCAGUUGGAAUCAAGCCUACCAAGGAAUACGAUGACACAAAUUUGUACAUCGGAUACUUGCCACCCACUCUUGAUGAUGAUGGUUUGAUCCGAUUGUUUUCACCUUUUGGUGAUAUUGUGAUGGCCAAAGUUAUUAGGGACCGGAUUACUGGAUUGAGUAAAGGUUAUGGUUUUGUGAAGUAUGCAGACGUUCAAAUGGCUAAUAAUGCUAUUGCAAGCAUGAACGGUUUUCGCCUGGAUCAGCGAACCAUUGCUGUCAGAGUUGCUGGCAAGCCUCCACAGCCUGCUGUGCCUCCUGGACCUCCAGCAUCGACAAUGCCCACGUACCCUGUCUCUCUCCAGCCUGUUGGUGCCUAUCCAUCCCAGCAAUUUACCCCAGGUGGUCCUCUUGGGAAUGCACCACCUACUAGUUAUGCGGGUACUCCUGUUCCAUGGGGACCCCCGGUUCCUCCUCCUUAUGCUCCGUAUGCUCCUCCUCCUCCUCCUCCCGGUUCAACCAUGUAUCCUCCUCCCAUGCAAGGUGCUUACGGUGCACGAUAUCCUCCUCCUCCCGGAGCACCAUCUCAACCGGUGACCUCUAGUGAAACACAACAGAAUUAUCCCCCUCCAGGAGUUCAAUCUGAAAACAGUACCUCUAUGCAAUCUGUACCAACUAAUAUGUACGGGGGCUCAGCAAUGCCACCAAAUGGCCAACAUUCUUAUCCUGCAUCUUCGUAUGGUUACUCAUCUUACUACAAUGCAGUUCCACCACCUCCUCCUCCCCCUGCCCCUGUACCUGGUUCAACUGCAGACCAAUCACAGAGCAUUGGUAAUGUGCCAUGGGCCACAAAUCCUCCGGUUCCUCCUCCAGCUUCUUCUACAGAGAAGACAGCCUAUGGUGCAGAUGCAGAGUAUGAGAAGUUCAUGGCGGAAAUGACAUGA